GUCUCUGCUCGGCGUCGCCUGCAGCAGGAACCCGCAUCUUCCCCAGCGUCUCCAGGGCGGGAGACGACGGCCAGGGGCUGAGUCUGGGCCCCAGGCCCCGAGGGCAGGCAGGCUCUGGGCUGAGCCAGGACCUGUGAUACCACGGGGAAGCUGGUGACCCUCUGGUGUGAGGGGAGCCUGGAGGCCCAGGAGUACCGUCUGGAAAAACAGGGAAGCCCGGAGCCCUGGGACAGACUGAUGUCACCGAAGUCUGGGGACAAGGCCAACUUCUCCGUCCCAUCCAUGACAGAGCACCAUGCAGGGCCAUAUCACUGUCACUAUCGCAGCCGUGCUGUCUGGUCAGAGCGCAGUGAGCCCCUGGAGCUGCUGGGGACAGGAGCCCACAGCAAACCCAGCCUCUCAGCCCUGCCCAGCCCUGCGGUGACCUCAGGAGGGACCGUGACCCUCCAGUGUGGCUCACGGCAGAGGUUUAACAGGUUCCUUCUGACUCAGGAAGGAGAAGAUGGGCUCUCCUGGACCCUGGACUCACAGCGAGGCCCCGGAGGGCAGGUCCAGGCCCUGUUCCCUGUGGGCCCUGUGACCGCUGGCCACAGGUGGACGUUCAGAUGCUACGGCUACGACAGGAGCAAACUCCAGGACGCAGCUCCGCUGAGCAGCACAGUCAGGGCUCAGCACAUCCAUGCAGGGCCAUAUCACUGUCACUAUCGCAGCCCUGCUGUCUGGUCAGAGCGCAGUGAGCCCCUGGAGCUGCUGGGGACAGGAGCCCACAGCAAACCCAGCCUCUCAGCCCUGCCCAGCCCUGCGGUGACCUCAGGAGGGACCGUGACCCUCCAGUGUGGCUCACGGCAGAGGUUUAACAGGUUCCUUCUGACUCAGGAAGGAGAAGAUGGGCUCUCCUGGACCCUGGACUCACAGCGAGGCCCCAGAGGGCAGGUCCAGGCCCUGUUCCUUGUGGACCCUGUGAUCCCCGGCCACAGGUGGACGUUCAGAUGCUACGGCUAUGACAGGAACAAUCCCCAGGUGCGGUCGGAGCCCAGUGACACCCUGGAGCUUCUGGUCUCAGGGCUGUCCAGGAAGCCCUCCCUCCUCACCCAGCCGGGCCCUGUCCUGGGCCCUGGACACAGCCUGACCCUGCAGUGUCGCUCUGACAUCGCCUAUGACAGGUUCGCUCUGUCCAAGGAGGGGGAACCUGACCUCCCCCAGCGCCCUGGCCAACAGCCCCAGGCUGGGCUCUCUCAGGCCCACUUCCCCCUGGGCCCUGCCAGCAGCUCCCACGGGGGCCGCUACAGAUGCUACGGUGGACACAGCCUCUCCUCCGAGUGGUCGGCCCCCAGUGAGCCCCUGGACAUCCUGGUCACAGGACAGCUGCCUGUCACAGCCUCCCUCUCGGUGCAGCCGGGACCCAUGGUGUCCCCAGGAGAGGAUGUGGCCCUGCUGUGUGAGUCACGGAGCCUGGUGGACACUUUCCCCCUGUCCAAGGAGGCCGCCGAUCCCCCACUGCAUCUGGGAUCAGAGUCCCGAGCUCAGCAGUACCAGGUGGAAUUCUCCAUGAGAGCUGUGACCUCAGCCCCGGGGGGACCUACGGGUGCUAUGGCUCUCGCAGCUCCGCUCCCCACCUGUUGGCGCAGCCCAGAGACCCCCGGCAGCUCAGAGUCUCAGGAGGAGCUGGGACAAUUGGGCCAGCAAAGAACAAAUCAGAUCCCAAUGCUGCUUCCCACCCCCAGGGUCACACAGUGGAGAAUCUGGUGUGGAUGGGCGUGGAUGGCCUGGUCCUGGUGGCCCUCAGGAUUCUGCUAUUUGCACAGCCAGAGAAGGACCUGAGAUGCAGCCAGAGGUGAACACCAGAGAGGACAGUGCAUCUUCUGAGCAGCAGAGUCCUGGGCAUUCAUCUGAAGUUCCCAGGAGACCGGGGAAGAAGAUCUGGGGUUGUCAGUUGGGGGCUGUCAGCUGAGAGCGCUGAGAGGAAUAAACCCAUAGCAGUACCGGGGAUCGAACUCAGGUCCUUGUGCUUAUGAGGCCGGCGCCCGAACCACUGAGCUAAAUCCCCAGACCACUCAGGCUUUAAAUUAACAGGGAAAAAAUGAGCCUGGGCUCUGGACCUGAGUCCAUGGACUGCUGGGCACAGUGCUGUGAAGCCAUGGUUUGGAUCAGACCUGGGAUCCUCUCUGUUCUGUAAUAAUCGUCCUCUCAGCUCCACUCAGCUGCUAGUGCAGAGACAGGAAGUGAGGACGUUGUGUACAGAACAGAGAAAAGAGGGCCAUCCCACAGAAGACUCGGCCCACCAGGGAGGAUGCUCCACACUCUACCAUGUGGGGGCCACAUCAGCGAAUGCUCAGUGAUCACCUUCCCUAAACCCAGUCACAAGACAAAGCCUCGCCUGGAGAAGGAACUGGAGGGCAGAGCUGAGGGUCAUCCAUCCCAACGUGACAAGGAAUGGGAAUGAGGAGAGGGUUCACAGGAAUGCCAGGAUACUCAUCCUGCAAAUGGGGAUGAGAAUGAGUCCCUGACUCCCUCAGGUAGCAUACAGAAGACCUCAGGAAUCACAGCCUAGUCUCUGCUGAUGGUUUUAUUUCUUCUCAGGUGCUGAGGUCCACUCAUGUGAAGACCUAGUGAAACUCUGUGAUGCCUCCCUCCUCUUCCUGAAGUCACUCCAUUCAAAUAAAUCCCAGCAUUACCGAGAUCCAACCUUCACCUCAGUUUCCCGUUACCACCUCAAUUCCAAAUCCACACCCAGUUUACUUAUCUUACCCUGUCCUGCUGCUUUCAAUAUUUUCUCCGUGAGACCAAUCCUAUUUUUAACAAUGCCUUAUCUGUGUAAUUGACAUAGGGGGAAGAGAUGUAACUCCCAGACCUACUAGAUAUCUGAAACGUGAGUUCGUGUUCUCUAAUAUCAAAGAAUGAAUUCCAAGAACAAUGGAGGUUAAGAGUAGGAAAAAUUUAUUGAGAGAAAGAAAGCUUCUGUCUAAGAGAGACAGAAGGGGACCGGAAAGUGGGUUGCCCGCCCACCCCAAUUUUCAAAGAUGUUUUAUUCAGCAAAGCCAAGUGAUGAGGCGGGUACACAGUGGAACAAAACUAUAAGACCCAAUGGAAACUUACAAGGAGGGCAUUAGAUGGGACAAAACCAUGACCAACCAAUAAGAUUACAAGUACAGUCACCCAGGUAAUAUUGAUUAAAUGGGGAUCAAAUGGGAAGACAAGUCACAUACAAGGAGUUUCCCAUUUAGAAUAUCAAUCACUGCCAUCUAUCUCUAGGGGAAGUAGUGCCUCUUCUUUGUAUAACGCUAACCAGUGAACCCUAACCCUAACCCUAAGGGAGCUCCGCGACCCCAGACAGUCUGCUCCCCGGCCGGGCCCUCCUCCUCGGCUCCCUCCCUACAGCGGCUAACCUCGGCUCGCCAGCCUUCGCCCGCGGCGCCCUCUUGUGGCAACUCCCGGAAACGCCUCUGAACACUGUCAGAGGCACCGAGGCACAGGGCCCCGGGAUACUCGCUGAGAACCUGGGACCCGGACCCGGACCCGGACCCGGAGCCGGGAUUCCAGGCUGUGGCAGCACAUCCUCCCUCUUUGGGUUCCCCAAGGUGCUGAUCAUCAGCUGAACAUAUUUAUUUUCGCACUUGCUGGUUUAUCGCACACUGUGUGUUUCACUAAGGUGCGCGUGGUAAUUGAUACGAAUGACCUCGUCCUCAGCCCACAAGAGCUGGGCUGCAGACCGAGGGCCGAGUUACUGAACAGCCAAUGGCAAGCCUGAGGCGUGACGCUCGGAGGCCAGGGCGCCUGCGCCGGGAGAGGAGCAGGACUGCGGUCGUGGGCGGCGUCUCCCUCGCGGGUCGGAGUGCGGUUUCCCCUGCACAAAGGCCCGCAGAAGCGAGACGGAGGAUCUCAGACCCCGUGUGACCCCGAAUCCAUAGAGCCCCAGUCUUGGGUCCGGAAAUGCAUCUCUCUUCCUGAGCAUGGGGGUACAGAGCCAGGACCGAGCCCUCUUCGGCUUCUCAGCUCAUCCUCACAGCAGAGCCCGUCCCAAGCUUGGGGGUCACCUCAAGGUCGGGAGCUCAUCCUGAGGGGAGCCGGAACCGGAGCCCCAGCGCGCCUGGGUCACGUGUUCGGGAGGGGACAGUGAGGGACAGGCCUGCUGGUUCCCGGGACGGGUGAGCCCACCCCGGGCGGAUGCGUGGAAGAGAACAAGGGCUUUUCCCUCUUUGGGGGGGGGGGGGGUACCAGGGAUCGAACUUGGGUCCUUGUACUUGCAAGGCAGGCACCAGAACCACUGAGCUAAAUCCCCGGCUUCCCUCUAAUUUUUAUUGAGGUGAAAUUUAAAUAACAAAGUUAACCUUCUAUUAAAUUAAUGUUGUCCUGGUGAAAGCCCAGCCUGCCCGGGAACAGAGGAGGUAACCGACCAUGGCUGGAGCGGGCAGCGGGGAGGAAAGAGGGGGCCUGACACGGGAGGCUCUGCACAAAGGAGAGAAGGAAGCUCCCUGGCGGAGGACGGUGGAAACUGGAGAGAAGCGCAGGAGAGGCCUGGUGGGGUCGCAGCAGGGAAUCCGCGGUGUGCAAGGCCCGGGCCUCCCACAGGGACAGAGGCGUUGGCCAGGUGCCCACGGCCCCUCCCCAGCCCUCGCCGUGCCUGCACCCCACACGCGCACACACAUGCACACACACACACACACAUGCCUCAAGUCCCCGCCGGGCCCUAGUGAUGGUGCCCCUGCCUCUGAGCACCUGGCGGGGCCCCGUGCUGGCAGCCAGGGGACCUCAGGGCGUGCGGGAGCGGGGGCAGCGGCCUGUGCAUGGCUCGGACCCGGAGCGGCAGCCGUUUCUUCCGGCUGUGCCAGGCCUCGGCCAGGAACCCGGCCAGGAGGACCAGAACCAGGGCGCCCAGGCACAGCCGCACCAGGUUGCCCUUGGCGUAGUGCAGGCGGGCGAAACCUGGGGGGAGAAGGCGCCGUGGCGGAGGCCAAACCAGGACACGCGCAGGCCACAGAAUCCCUGACCCAGACCCUACUGUCCCCUCCAGCUGGGGUGCAGCUCCUCCCCCCAGAGAGGCUCCACGGGCCCCCACUCACCCCCGCCCACCCCAGGGCCCCCGCUGGGCUGACUGAUUGAAGAGGAGGACACAGUGGGAAGGGCCAGGGAGCGGGAGGGGGAUCUUCUUUCUCUGACCCUCAGGAAAACCCUAACCUCCCCACCUGAUCUUGUUGCCCAGUCUGGAGCUCGCGCUGAUCACCCUGUCCCGUUAAUGCUGCACACACGGGACCAGGGAGCCUGGGCUCCUCUACAGAGAAAGGGUGCGUUUCCGGGGUGCACUUCCGGGGAGGAGGCGGCGAGCAGGGAGAGGCCUGGGAGGCCCACUUACCCAGAGGAGGGCUUGAGCCCCUGGGAGAGACAGCGUUGUUCCUAGAUGUCGCUAGCAAUCAGAAGGGCUCGGUGUGAAUGAAGAGAAGCAUCUCCCGUGCCAUGGGCAAUGCCUGGGGGCGGAGCCGAGGGCCCUGGACUGUCCAGUCAGCCGCCCAGUGGGACCCGAGGCCAGCACUUGUCAGAUGCGGGGCCUCUGACAAGGGACUCAGCAUCUCUAAGCCUACUUUCCCGUCCGUCCAAUGAAGCCAAUGCCACUUAAAUCACGCCUGUCACCCCAGCAUGCUGGGAGGCUGCAGCAGGAUUGCAAAUUCAAGCCCAGCCUGGGCAACUUAGCAACUUAGGGAGGAGACCCUGCUUCAAAAUAAAAAAUAGAAAAGGGCUGGGGAGGGAGCUUAGUGCAGAGCCGGAGGAUCAACACCCCAGUGACACACGAAAAAGAAAAAAAGAAUGGGAAAGAAAGAAAAUUAAAAUAACAUGUAUUGAACAUCCCUCCUAUGAAUAUCUGAAAUCUGAAAUGCUCUAAAGUUUGAAAUUUUUUGAGCAACAACAGAUGCCACAAGUGGAAAAUUCCACACCUGACCUCACAGGCCAGGUCACAGUCAAAAUGCCGAUUAAAAAUACUGUAUGAAAUUGCCUUCAGGUUGUAUGUAGAAGGUACACAGGAAA